CGGAAGUGACGGUCAGUCUGGCAGGAAGCCUGAUGAGAGAGGCAUCUCAUGUGCAGUGGUGUCAGUGGUGAGCGUGUGUGUCGUUAGUGGUGAGUAGUGUGCGUGCAGCUCAGCAAUGGAUUGUAUUUGACUUGGCCUGUUACUAAGUAACAGCAAGUAGUCAAGUUUGACUUGUGAUUAUUGGGUGGAAUAAUGGCAGGCGCCCCUAAGAGAUUGUGCUGCUCGCGGGUCGGGGGGCGCUCUGGGGGGCAGAGUCCCCCCUGCCGGCGUCAACCCGACUCCCUUCUGGACGUGACGGCCCGUGUCGUCGCCGAAAACAUCCCUUUUCAGAGGAUAGAGGAGCGCUAUGACCGCAUACCCGAGCCUGUCCAGCGACGGAUUAUAUUCUGGUCGUUCCCGAGGGACGAGAGGGACAUCUGCAUGUAUUCGUCCCUUUCGAGGGCGAGUGCAGCACCCGAACACCACAACCUCUCCUUCUACAAGGGACUGAAGCUACUGGAGUCUGGCUGUGUGGAUAGCGUCCUUCAAGUCGGUAAGUCGAUGUUGAAUUUGUUACUUUUUUGAUCAACCUGAAAUCAAGAACCAGCUAUGUGAAAUUGGUAAGUUCCAAUUUCAUAACAUUUUACAACUACCUUCUAAACACUAAACUCUACUCCUAAUAUGGAUCUGAUACUUAUUAUAUCUAACUGCGCUUAUAAAUGGAAUGGACUGUUCGUUCAUCCUCCCUGAAUAACUGUAUAUUGCAUAUUCCUAUAUUUUCUCUCGAAUGAAACCAGGGGUUGGCAGAAACCUACUUAGCUUAUUCCACUCCAGGAAAAGACAACAUGGAAAUAUGAUCAUCAAGAUCAAACCCGACCUCAGAUAUACUACGAUUUUUAAUUACAUGUUGAUGUAUAUCAAAGUUAUCUUCCUUGAUAAAGACUCAAAAGUUUCCUAUCACAUCCUUUCAGUUUGCUUUUUCAUUUCCAGUUAUCGUUCUCGAUUAAUUUUCUCCGUGUAAUAAGAGUCUGUCAGUAGCUAUCCUUCUUGCACCCUUGUAUUCCAUCUCAAAUUUCCCGGUGGUUUUCUGUUCGGGGUAAUCAUGUUUCGCUAGCCAAUAGGGGGCCACCCGCCCACUUCCUCACUCAUCUCUCUCUCAAACUUUCUACCUCGACAUCCUGUCUGUCAUAGUCAUCAUCCUUACAGAUCUUAUUACUCUAUCAGUGGACUUGCUACUAGUUCUCAUUUCUCAAAGCAGUCCUGAGAUCAUGUAGCCUACUCUGUGCCAAAUUUGGAGUUUGGUUGGGAUCAAAAAUUUUGGUUAGGAUAAUUUGAUGUUAUAUAGUCGAAUUUUACAAGUCUUUUCAUUUUGUAGAAUAAUUUCUUGAGAGUAACAAUUUAGCCAAUCGAAACGAACUGUGAGUCUUUACUGUAUAUGUAGGCUAUACUCUGAUGUUCUGAGUGUCAAUCCUCUGAGUAUCAAAUUUCUGCUGUACAGGAACAUACAGCCGUGGAGGCUGAACAUUCUCCCGUACAGGAUUACCUGAACAAGGAAUACUGAAGUAGCUCUAAAUCUGAAUAUUAUAUUGUACAGUUUUAGAUUUCUUAAGAUAGCAAUGAUUCUGAAUUUAUCAUCAUAGUACCUUUGAUCUGAGAUACAUAAUGAAGCAGCGAAUUCAAUAAUAAUGAACAAUGACAAUUAUGUUAUCUUCCAUUCAUUGAUGUAAAGAAUUGUUGAAUUAUUGUUCCAAACAAAUUUUAGUCUGUUAUCUUGUGAGUUGUAACCAUAUUUUUUAUUUUUCUGUAUUAUAUGGCCUCCAUCUGAUAAGAGAUUUAAAAGUUUCAAAACUCUCACACCUUUUUUACAGUAUGUUGCUAUGUGGGUGAUAUCCAGAGAGUAUACAAUGUAAUUACAUUUUGCUGUUCUCUGGUGAGAUCUCCUAUUGCAAACUCCUGUUUAGAAGACUUACAAGAUUCUG